AUGUCGGCGACAGGCGAGGCGCGGCUGGCCGGGUGGCGGGUGGCGUGCGUGGCGGCGGCGCUGUGUGGGGCGCAGGUCUGCUGGUCGAUCCAGAUCGGCAUCUCGACCAAGACCUUUCUGGAGCUGGGCAUGCCUGCUUCGCUGGUGUCUGCAGCAUGGCUGGCCGGCCCGUUGUCCGGUACCGUUGUCCAGCCGAUUGUGGGUGUGCUGUCGGACAGGUGCACGGCGAGGCUCGGCCGCCGCCGGCCGUUCAUGCUCGCUGCUCUCGGUGUCACCCUCUUUGCCAUGGCGCUGUUUGCGGCGGCGGCCCCGCUUGGCGCGGCGUUGGCUGGCGAGCCGAUCCACGCGUGCGCGGUCGAGUUCAUCCCACAAAUCAACGGAUCGAGUACCGAGGGCACUCGCCCUGUGAGCAGCCGGUGCCCGAUGGCGCUCUCGCUUGCGGUGACUGGCUUUUGGUUGCAGGAUUUUGCGGUCAACGCGUUCCAGGGCCCGACACGAACACUGAUGACCGAUCUCAUUCCGCCGUCACAGCAAGCGACGGCCAACGCGUGGUUCGGAUUCAUGGCCGGCCUCGGUAACGCGCUCGGCGCUGCGCUGGCGGCGGCAGACAUUGUGGCGAUCUUUCCUUUCUUCGGCAACAACCUUCGCGCCCUCUACGCAGUAGCCGGCGCGUUGGUCUUUUGCUGCGUCAUCCUUGCGUCGGCGACUGCUCAUGAGGUUCCGCUCACACUUGCGAUGCGCGAGCGCGACAAGCUAAGACGGCGCGCACGGCGCGGAGUACCGAGCCGGGUAGGUGCGGGCGUGCUUGAUCCCGCGGACGACGUGGCGGCCGUGGUGCAGCCUGAACGCGGCUUCUCGCUCCGGACGCGAAUGGCCGAGGCGUGGCGGGCUUGGCAAGGCGCCAGCGCGCCACUCCGGCACGCUUUCUACGUCCAGUGCUUCACCUGGAUCGCCUGGUUCACCACCUUUAUCUACGCCACGUCGUGGAUGGGCGAGCGGGUGUUUGGUGGCUCACCGUCGGCACCUGAAGGCAGCGCGGGACGGGAGCGGUAUGAUGAGGGAGUGCGGCGUGGCAACCUUGCACUGGCGCUGCAGGCGAUCUUUGCACUGGCGGCCACGACGCCGACACCGUACACGGCUGCGUUCCUGCCGUGGCUCAUGGCUGCGACGUCAACCAAGGCGGUGUACAUUUCGUCGCAGGCAGUCAUGGCGGUGUGCCUGUUUGGCACGCUGGGCGUGACCGUGGCAGCCGACGCGGUCGGCGCCACGGCGGCGGUGCAGGCAGGCGGCAUGGCGUGCCUCAUCCUACUCGGCUGGUGCUGGGCGGUGACCAUGACGAUUCCUUGGGCGAUUGCCGGCUCUGUCAUCGACGCCAUGCCAGACAAAGGGCUGCUGAUGGCGAUCAUGAACGUGUCACAGGCUGCGCCCGAGAUGGUGGCCGCGCUCGUCGGCUUUGUUAUUCUCUCACUCCCACACGGGCUCAACCCAUGGGGCUCGGCAAUGGUGAUGGCAGCAGGCGGAGUGUCUGCGGUGGCGUCGAUCGGGGUCAUUGUCGGGCUUGGCGUCGGCGACGAUGUUGUAGUCGACGACGUCACCGCAGUGGCUGUGGCUGGGCGAGGCGACGACGAGCACGCUGAAAGCGCGAGGUCGGCGUCGGCGCCGCUGCUAGGGGGCGGGUAGAGCCGAGCUGGGUUUAAGCUACCGCUCGACCGGCGACUGGAUGGAGGCGUCGGCGCCGACCGAGGCAAAGUGCGAGUAGUGGGCGUACUCGGAAUCGGUGCGGACGCGCUUGUAGGUCGGUUGAAUGGCGUCACCUUUGGAAGCGAGCAGCGAGCCGUAGACGGCGGUGUACGAGGCAAACUGCGGCGAGUCGCCAGGCGCCGCCGUGGCGCGCCGAGUGUAGGCAAUUAUCAAGCCACACAUGAGCAAGACAACAAGAGGGAUGACAAUGGCCGCCACCAGGCCGUCGUUGUGGUCGUCGUAAAUCGGCGCCGGGACCAG